UGGAGUGUACUGGAAGAAACUGAGGGAGUAGUGACCGGCCAGAAUUUUCUUGCAAUUUUCUCGUUAUUACGUGAUAAAUAAUAGGUGUAGCCAUGUGAUUCUGGAACAUACAGUGGGAGAAAGCUUAGGCGGGCGUGGGAGAGGAUGAGCGCCUGUGGCGAGUGGUGGUGGUGGUGCGCAAGGCCAGGUCGUCUACCUCGCGCUGCGCCUCUCUCCAUCCUUCUGGCAACAGUUCUCACCCUCAUCUCCCUUCUUUUCCUCCUCAAUGCUAAAGCGCUGAACCGCCACUCGUCCCCUCGCCAGGUAUUGGAGUUAGAGGACCAUGACCUCGAGGGGGCGCCGCAACACCACCCAGACCUGGUCACCUACAUCAGGCAGCUCCACCUGGUGUCGCCAUCCUUGGGACCUUAUAACCUCCACAGCCCCAACACCACAGACUUUUCCCAGAAUGGCCAAAGUAGACAAAUAGAGGAGAUCCUGAAAGGCAAGCGUGGCGGGUUGUUCGUGGAGGCAGGAGCAUACAACGGGGAGGAGCUAAGCAACACCUUAUACCUGGAGCGACAGUUGGGUUGGCGGGGUCUCCUGGUGGAACCAGACCCCUGGAACUUCUGGGCGCUCCGCAAAAGAGGCAGGAGAGCCCACUCCAUCCACGCCUGCCUCUCUCCCUACCCCUUCCCCAGGGAGGUCACCUUCAAGCAGAGCGACACCAUGGGUCACAUCGUCAAUGGAGGUGAUGACGCUAGUCGCCACGGCAUCUUCACUAGAGUCAAGUGCUUCCCCCUUUACUCCCUCCUCCUCGCCCUCAACACCACCCGCCUAGACCUCUUGUCUCUCGAUGUGGAAGGCGCCGAGUUACAGGUGUUGAGGACAGUGCCAUGGGAGGCAGUGAGGAUUGAGGUAAUAUGUGUGGAGUACCGUCACGUGCCUGAGGGGAAACUCGCUCUCAGCUCCUUUCUACAGGAGCGAGGCUACACCCUCCACUCCACCCUCGGCGACGAUUACAUUUUUGUCAGACGGGACCUCGAGCGCCCCAGUUUAGGAAUUUUGUAGGACUGAACCCCUCUACUUAUUACUUAUUUAAGGAAAAUGUUCCAUAGUGCUUCUACUAUUUUUAAAGACCUGCAAAAUAGUUUUAACUUUUGUUGUUUGCUAUUUUUAGUUGUUAAGUACAGUACAGUAUACAGUUUUAAAGAGAGGUCAAAGUUUAUAAACUGUUUCUUUAUUUUAUAAUCUGAACAGUACAUUUUUGUGCCUAAGAAUAUGGUUGUAUUUAUGAUGUAUAUUUGAAAAUAGUGUAGAGAGGAAUUAAUGUUAAAGUGAAAUUACUGUAUUUUUAUAUUUUUAUGGACUGCCGAGUACUGUACAGUAUACAGAAUAUACCCUAGAGUGUGUGAUCAUGUUGCAAGAACUACAGUAUGUACUGAACUGUAUCUGUCACACAUGAAUUUUUGUUUGUUGUCAUAUUGUGACAAAAUAAGCAAAUUCAAGUCACAAAAUAUUAAAAACUUUGAUACU